AAUUCGUGACGCAGGCAUAACGUCACCACGUUGUACUUCCUCAUUUGGUCCGUGUGAGUUUUUGUUGUUUUUUAACUUUCUCCGCAGCUAUUUGUUUCUGUUUUCCGUCGAAAAUAAGGAUUUAACAAACGCGGGUAACCGUCAGUGUCCAUGGAGUCAGAGGCGGCGGAGUCACCGCCGUCAGCGUCGCGGCCAGCAGCACCGGAAGUGUGCACCUCCAUUCAGGAGCGCUCAAUCGUGGAGAACAGCAUGGUGGUGCUGCUGCAGGGCCUGCAGGGGGAGGUGACCACGGUGGACCUGAGGAACGAGACCACGGCGCGGGGCCGCGUGGUCAGCGUGGACGCCUUCAUGAACAUACGGCUGGAGGAGGUGCUGCACCGUGAUCGGCGUGGUCGGCUCACUCAGCUGCAGGAGCUGUUCAUCACCGGCAGGAAUGUCCGCUAUGUCCACAUCCCUGACCACAUGGACAUAAUGAAAACCAUGCAGAGCCAGCUGGCCAAGAUCCACCGCGUCCGCAACUUUGGCAGCCAAGGGGGCGGCAGGAAGGAGUAUGCCAAGAAAAAGAAGUAGCUUUUUUUUUUUUUUUUUUUAUAGAAGGAUUUUCUUGAGUAGGACUUCUGUAGCGUCUAGACUAUUCCAAAAAUACCCUCAGCUGUUUUUGUUUUCUUUGUUUUCCAGUCGAUGCUUCACUUUAGGGUAUGAAGAAAGUCUGUUUUACUUUUGGAGUCUCAGCACCAGCAGUCAACUUGAGGGUCCACAGUAGGCCGUGCAUGUUUUGUCAUGUUAGUGCGUCUCUGUUUCACUUUUUAAAUACGUGCCAAGUCACAAUAAAUGUUAGACCUCCUGGACCACAAAGCCCGUCUGUUUGUCUGUGAAAACAGCUGCUGGAAUCCUGGAAAACAUUACUCAUCAGCGCUGGAUGGGGGGGGCAACCCGACGUGCUUUUCUUUUUCCACCUGACAAACAUCCCUCCUGUGUGUAUCACUGAGCUGUCCCUGUCCUGUGAUUGGCCGCGUGACAUCCAGCGGCACACAGUGAAACUUUGAGAUGGAGGCUUCCCAGGAAAAUUAGUUCAACAGCCUUCUCCGAUAAACAAACAAGACUGAGAAUUCGAGGAAUUUGUUAAAAAACGAAGGUAUGUUAUUCCUCCUCCGUGUCAGGAGGAGGACACGCUGCUGGUGGGACAGGCCAGCCGGUGAAACGGCACCCAUUCUCAGCUGCAGCCCGACUGUGAUUUUUAGGACUAAUCAUUAUUCCCGGUGACGCCGCAUUCUUUAAAACCAACCAUUGAGGACGUCUGAGUGACAGCACACCACAUAAUGACUGUUUUGCUU